AUGGAGGAAGAGGACUGCAGUGGAAUCUGCCCCGGGCACCCCUGCCCCGGGCCGCUCUCUGCAGACUGGGGCUACUUCUCGGUCGGGGCUUACUUUCUCGGGUCCGCCCGCAAGUUCUUUGGGGCCCUCUUCCCCGAAGCCCAACCUUGUUGCUCGCCCUCCCGCCCGCGAGACCCCGCGCCCGAGCUUGCCCGCCAGCGGCCAUGGCCGUCCCGGCCCGGCCUGUGGCCAGCGCUCCUGGGCAUAGUCCUCGCCGCCUGGCUCCGCGGUUCCGGUGCCCAGCAGAAUGCCACGGUGGCCAACCCGGUGCCCGGCGCCAACCCAGACCUGCUUCCCAACUUCCUGGUGGAGCCUGAGGACGUGUACAUCGUCAAGAACAAGCCGGUGCUGCUGGUGUGCAAGGCCGUGCCCGCCACGCAGAUCUUCUUCAAGUGCAACGGGGAGUGGGUGCGCCAGGUGGACCACGUGAUUGAGCGCAGCACGGACGGGAGCAGCGGCCUGCCUGCCAUGGAGGUCCGCAUCAAUGUCUCGAGGCAGCAGGUGGAGAAGGUGUUUGGGCUGGAGGAGUACUGGUGCCAGUGCGUGGCCUGGAGCUCCUCGGGCACCACCAAGAGCCAGAAGGCCUACAUCCGAAUAGCCUAUUUGCGCAAGAACUUCGAGCAGGAGCCGCUGGCCAAGGAGGUGUCCCUGGAGCAGGGUAUCGUGUUGCCCUGCCGCCCGCCGGAGGGCAUCCCCCCGGCAGAGGUGGAGUGGCUCCGGAAUGAGGACCUGGUGGACCCGUCCCUGGACCCCAACGUGUACAUCACCCGGGAGCACAGCCUGGUGGUGCGACAGGCACGCCUGGCCGACACGGCCAACUACACCUGCGUGGCCAAGAACAUCGUCGCCCGCCGCCGCAGCGCCUCCGCCGCCGUCAUCGUCUACGUGGACGGCAGCUGGAGCCCGUGGAGCAAGUGGUCGGCCUGUGGGCUUGACUGCACCCACUGGCGGAGCCGCGAGUGCUCUGACCCAGCACCCCGCAACGGAGGCGAGGAGUGCCAGGGUGCCGACCUGGACACCCGAAACUGCACCAGCGACCUCUGUGUGCACACUGCUUCUGGGCCAGAGGACGUGGCACUCUACGUGGGCCUCGUGGCCGUGGCCGUGUGUCUCCUCCUGCUGCUGCUCGUCCUCAUCCUCGUUUAUUGCCGUAAGAAGGAGGGGCUGGACUCAGAUGUGGCCGACUCCUCCAUCCUCACCUCCGGCUUCCAGCCCGUCAGCAUCAAGCCCAGCAAAGCAGACAAUCCCCAUCUGCUCACCAUCCAGCCAGACCUCAGCACCACCACCACCACCUACCAGGGCAGCCUGUGUCCCCGGCAGGACGGGCCCAGCCCCAAGUUCCAGCUAACCAAUGGGCACCUGCUCAGCCCGCUGAGUGGCGGCCGCCACACGCUGCACCACAGCUCGCCCACCUCUGAGGCCGAGGACUUUGUCUCCCGCCUGUCCACCCAGACCUACUUCCGCUCCCUGCCGCGAGGCAUCAGCAACAUGGCCUAUGGGACUUUCAACUUCCUCGGGGGCCGGCUGAUGAUCCCUCAUACAGGGGUCAGCCUCCUCAUCCCCCCAGAUGCCAUACCUCGCGGGAAGAUCUACGAGAUCUACCUCACGCUGCACAAGCCGGAGGACGUGAGGUUGCCCCUAGCCGGCUGUCAGACCCUGCUGAGUCCCAUCGUUAGCUGCGGGCCCCCCGGAGUGCUGCUCACCCGGCCUGUCAUCCUGGCCAUGGACCAUUGCGGGGAGCCUAGCCCUGAGAGCUGGAGCCUGCGCCUCAAGAAGCAGUCCUGCGAGGGCAGCUGGGAGGACGUGCUGCACCUGGGUGAGGAGGCGCCCUCCCACCUCUACUACUGCCAGCUGGAGGCCGGCGCCUGCUACAUCUUCACCGAGCAGCUGGGCCGCUUUGCCCUCGUUGGAGAGGCCCUCAGUGUGGCCGCUGCCAAGCGCCUCAAGCUGCUUCUGUUUGCCCCCGUGGCCUGCACCUCCCUAGAGUACAACAUCCGAGUCUACUGCCUACAGGACACCCGAGAUGCACUCAAGGAGGUGGUGCAGCUGGAGAAGCAGCUGGGAGGACAGCUGAUCCAGGAACCUCGUGUCCUGCACUUGAAGGACAGUUACCAUAACCUGCGCCUGUCUAUCCACGACGUGCCCAGCUCCCUGUGGAAGAGCAAGCUCCUCGUCAGCUACCAGGAGAUCCCCUUUUAUCACAUCUGGAAUGGCACACAGCAGUACCUGCACUGCACCUUCACCUUGGAGCGUGUCAGCCCCAGCACCAGCGACCUGGCCUGCAAGGUGUGGGUGUGGCAGGUGGAGGGUGACGGGCAGAGCUUCAACAUCAACUUCAACAUCACCAAGGACACAAGAUUCACGGAGCUGCUGGCUCUGGAGAGCGAAGGGGGGGUCCCAGCCCUAGUGGGCCCCAGUGCCUUCAAGAUCCCCUUCCUCAUUCGGCAGAAGAUCAUUACCAGCCUGGACCCACCCUGUAGCCGAGGUGCCGACUGGCGGACUCUGGCCCAGAAACUCCACCUGGACAGCCAUCUCAGCUUCUUUGCCUCCAAGCCCAGCCCCACAGCCAUGAUCCUCAACCUGUGGGAGGCAAGGCACUUCCCCAAUGGCAACCUCAGCCAGCUGGCUGCAGCAGUGGCCGGACUGGGCCAGCCAGACGGCGGCCUCUUCACAGUGUCGGAGGCUGAAUGCUGAGGCCAGCCAGGCCCCCACACCUACACUCUCACCAGCUUUGGGACCUUCCAGGGACAGGCAGAGCCGGACGGGGCCUCCUCACAGCGGGGAGCUGUGUGGACAGGCCCCUCCUGGUGAACGCUGUCUCUUCACACUGGCCCCUUCAGACCCUGCCCAUGCUCCCGCCCCUUCAGGGCCUGCCAGGCCAGGCCGGCACUGCCACCUGCCCCCAGGGCCCAGGCUGGACAGUGCCAAAAGCCAGCCCAGGCCCAGCCCCUGUGUGUGUGUGUGUAUGUGUGUGGUGCUACCUCUCCCCCCGCCCCUGGCCGGGGACCGCACACGCACAGCAUGUGUGCACACACUGGGCUCGGGACGCACCCUGGAGCUCCUGCCUGAGCUGGACCUUAUGCAAACAUUUCUGUGCCUGCUGGGUAGGGGCACAUCUGAGGGGCCCGGCUCCAAGCCUGUGGGACUGAGGGCCACAGCCGGAUGGGGGGCGGCCCUGGAUUCAGGCACACGACCCCUACACGGGCAUGUGCCCACGCAUGUCUCGUGUGUCAUCUCACCGGCUUCCCCCUCCCCCGCACACACGUCAUGCUGUACACCUGGAGGCCACUCACAUCUCUCACGCCCGGUAUCAGUCCACAUCUGCCUCUCACAUGCUGCCCUUCUCCCACCCACCCAGGGACACCCAAGGCUCCUCCCUGAUCCUCCCCUCCCCCACCAAGAGGAGCCCUGCCCGACGGGGCGUGUGAAUAUGCAACGGGAGUCCUGGGCUGGACAAUGGCGAGUGUGCGUGCCGUGGCGUGCCCGCUCCUGGGGCCUGUCGUGUGAAGCUCGUGCCCUGACUCUGUCUUAAGUGCAUUCACGCACUUACACUUGGCCUUAUGUACACAGCCUUGCCCGGCCGCCGGGGCGCGUAGGGAUUUUAGCGGACGUGAAUGUAAAUAAAUU